AUGGCAGGUGUUGUUAGAGUGCAGAAUGGAUAUCGAGUUACAAAAAUUCUGUUGAAUGCUGAUAUACCCGAAGUUCAUGAAUUCAGGCAGAGACUUAUUCACUCCAGUUUAUGCACUAAAAUUAUUGUCAAUACUUCACAACAAACAAGUUGUACUGUUAAUGAUGAGCUUGAGGCUGGAGUAUCUGUGAUAACCAUAAAAGAGCUUUGUGAAAAUUCAGAGGGUGGAAGCUUUUGGAUAUGUGGAACUGUGGUGAAUAUUGAUGGAGCAGGAGAUUGGUUUUACAUAUCAUGCAAAAAGUGUUCGAAAAAAAUUGAGAAGUUAGAACACCGGUUCUAUUGUAAGAAUUGCAGCAACUUUAGCGAGUCUGGGGAGAUGAAAUAUAAUAUUAUAAUAAAUGUUGCAGACGAGUCUAGCAGCUCACCAUUUGUAUUAUGGGAUAGGGAGUGUAAAAAUGUGAUAGGAAAACCAGCUGCUGAAGUUAAAGUUCAGACAACGACAGACGAGUCUGAGGUUCCAAAUGAGAUUCGAGAUGCUUUACUACAAAAGAAAUACAUGUUCAAGAUUAAGGCUGGAGAUAUAAUAAAGCCUAUAGCGUCUCAACUCUAG